UAACACAUGUUGCAGCUGUUACUAAUGCUGAUUUAUCACAAGAAUCUGCGACCCAGACAAAUUCCGCCAUAAUAACGGAAAAUUCAGACGGUUUAUAUAAAUUGGAAGAUAAACUUAGCGCUGAUGAAUUAUAUCAAAGAGCUUUAAUAAUACUUCGAACACUGAAACCACUCCCCAAGAAGCGGUUUGAAAUCGACGAUUCAGAUCCUAGCCUAUUCCUUCUUUCAUAUCGAUUUUUGGCAAAAUGUAUCUUCUCCGUUUUCGGAUUACGUUCUCCAAUUGCAGACUCAGAAAUAGGGAGAAAAGUUAUUGCGGAUUAUAGGCAUCCAAAAUUGGUUAGGGCAGUUGAAUUAUUAGAAAAAGCUGCUUUUGAAUACAAUCAUGAUGGUGCACUAUUUACUCUUGGAGAGUUAAAUUUCCACGCAAAAUAUACACAUCCUCGUAAUUUAACGGCCGCUCUCUAUUAUUAUCGUGAAUUGGCGAAUCGAUCCGGAAAUGCAACAGCACAACAAAUGGUUGGAUUUAUGUACGCGACGGGCAUAGGAAAUAUUGUUAUGAGAGAUCAGGGAAAAGCUUUAUUAUAUCAUACCUUUGCUGCACUUGGUCAUGAUACCGCUGCGGAAAUGACACUUGGUUAUCGUUAUUUAAUGGGUAUUGGAGUACAUCGUAGUUGCGAGGAUGCAGUUUUCUAUUAUAAACGUGUAGCAGAUAAAGCAAUUGAACAUUAUAAAUCCGGGCCUCCAGGAGGUCGACAGCUUCCAUCUCCUCUUCUCAAGAGCAGAUUAUAUGAUGAGGACGGUGGAGUAUAUGGAUAUGGAGCUAGUGGGCCAGGUGCUGGUUAUUCAUCAAAGCCUGACCAAGCUGUGUGGGAUGAUAUAUUAGAGUUUUAUCAUUAUUCGGCUGAAAAUGGAGAUAUGACGGCUCAGCUAGGUUUAGGGCAACUUUAUUAUCAGGGAACCCGUAACAUUAAUCAAAAUUUCCCACGUGCAUAUAAAUUCCUCAAGGAUGUUGCUAACAAUUAUUGGCCAUCAGAAAGCACGUUCGAUGAUCCACCUAAUAUGACUCCUAAACAAAGGCUUGCUGCUGGACAAGCGGCAGGAAUUUUAGGGAGGAUGUAUUGGCGUGGUGAAGGAGUUGAACCAAAUAAUAAAACGGCUCUCAAAUGGUUUAUUAGAGGUGUCCGAUUGGAUGAUCCAGUUGCUUGGAAUGGGCUUGGUAUGAUGUAUAUGGAAGGUGUUGAAGUAAUAAGGAAUUACGAUCAAGCCAUACAUUUAUUCAAACUCGCGGCAGAAAAAGAAUAUUCUGAAGCUCAAGUGAAUUUGGGUUUAAUUUACUUGCACCAGAAAGGUGAUUAUCAAACCGCUUUUGAAUUUUUCCGACUAGCUGCAAACCAAGAUCAUCAUAUACUGGCUCAUUAUUACUUAGCUGAAAUGUAUACUCAGGGAUUAGGGACCGAAAAAUCUUGUGCUGUGGCAGCUGCAUUCUAUAAAAAUGUGGCCGAACGGGGAGAUUGGUUACAUUCUCCAUUUCCAGCAGCAUAUAGGGCAUAUCACAUAGGUGAUAGAGACACUGCACUAAUAAAUCAUUUAUUAGCUGCAGAGAGAGGUUAUGAAUUGGGUCAGGCAAAUGCCGCAUGGUUAUUGGAUCAAGAUAAAUCACGUUGGCAUCCACCACACUUAGUGCCAAAGGUAGACACAUUUCGUGAGAAAUUAGCAUUAAUUUAUUGGACAAGAUCAGCGAACCAAGGAAAUGUUGAUUCACGUGUAAAAAUGGGAGAUUAUUAUUUUAAAGGAUUUGGUACAGAAGUUAAUUAUGUAAAAGCUGCUGCUUGUUAUCAAGUAGCUGCAGAAGCGGAAUCAAGUGCAAUGGCUAUGUGGAAUCUUGGUUGGAUGCAUGAAAAUGGCAUAGGAGUAGCUCGAGAUUUCCAUCUCGCUAAAAGAUGGUAUGACCAAUCUCUUUCAACCAAUCCCGACGCGUAUUUACCAGUAAAGUUAUCCUUAACUAAAUUAUAUGCAAAAAGUUUUUGGAAUUUUAUUUCUAGAAAGGAAAUUGUAGAUGAUGCAGAUGAAUCAUCCAGAAUGUUAUGGUGGGGGGAUCCAUCGUCUAAUGGCGAAGAUGAGGAAGCUGGAGGGGCAGUGGAACAAGUUCGAACAAUGACUAAAGAAGGUGCCAACUUAAAAGAGCGAAAGGAAUGGGAUGCAGUGGGCCCGGAUGGUGAACAAUUAAUUAAAAAUGGAAAGAAGGUUACAGCUUUCGUUCCCAAUGACGGUUGCUUGAAUUAUGUAGAUGAAAAUGAUGAAGUUCUAAUUGCUGGAUUUGGUCGUAAAGGUCGUGCUAUCGGGGAUAUCCCUGGUGUUCGAUUCAAAGUGGUCAAAGUCUCGGGGGUAUCUCUCCUUGCUUUAUACAAAGAAAAGAAAGAAAAACCUCGAUCUUAA